AUGUUAUUGGAAUGUCUCAUUUUCAGAGUUUUGCCCUGCGAUCAAACAGCCAGUUUCUGACUCCAAAGUCUUGAGUAUAUUUGAAGAUUCUUCUAUCAGUGAUAAGUAAUCGAUAAGUGUGAAUGUAAGUUUCUUGGGUCUGUCAAAUUAGCAAUGUUGUUCAUGUGCUGUGGAUUUAAAACUUCCAAAAUAUUUUUAAAGAUUCAUCUUUGAAUAUUAGAUUUAUGACAUCAGCAAUGAAAUGAGGUUCUGCCACUAGGAAAUUUUGUUUUCGUACCUAAAUUCCAUAACGUUCUCAGGUACUUGUUUUUAAGCAUUUUGAGGUUUUUCCAUGAAAUAGAUUUCUCCUUCUACUUGUUUUCUCGUAGAUAUAAAUUAUGUCUUUGUAGUAUGGUAUAUUUUCCUGUAUGCAAUGAGAAUUUUGAUUGAACAAACAUCCAGAGGGAAUGGCAUACUCAGGAUAAAAUUUGAGGCACUUGUGUAGGGCACUUGAAGUAUAGUAACAGAGCUUCUACCAAAUGAAUGGGCGUUGGCUUCAGUAAUAAUGCUAGAACACUCUCAGAGUUAAAUAGAAGCUCUGCUUAGCAAGUAGGAUGCACAAGAUCUUGGGAGAAGAAUUGAAUAGCUUGACUUUCAGGCUGUAGUGUAUUGAAAGUAAUAAAAAGUCCACAAUUUUGAGUAGUAAGAAAGGAACAUGAAUGCUGAAAUUUUGAUAAAAUCGCCCUUGAAAAGUGAACUUGAUGAUCAACUAUUACUAACUCCAGUCAAACUUGAAAGUAGGGAUCCAGUUGGCUGUCCUGAAAAUGCUAAUGAUCACUCCUCUUCGGAUCCAUUUGUAGAAAUCAAGACUUUGCCAGAGGAGUACUGCAAGUCUGAUGAAGAUGAAAUGAAAUAUACAUGUCAAGUUGAUUCAGCAGAGAGUAAGGAAUAUUCACCAAUUUCCAGAAAACAAGUCAAUAAAGAAGGAUGGGGAGUGAAGCCUAUUAGGUGUGAGGUAUGUGGCAAAUCGUAUUCUCGGGAAAAAUAUCUCAAAAGUCACAUGAAGAAUCACCUUGGAGACAAUCCAUUCAACCGUUGUGAAUGUGGGAAAACAUUUUUUCUUAGAAGUGUUCUUUUGAAGCAUAUGAGGACCCAUACUGGAGAGAGGCCAUUUACUUGUAGUGAGUGUGGAGGGGCAUUUGCUUGUAGAGGUGAUCUUACGCAGCAUAAAAGGAUUCAUACUGGAUUGAAGCCAUUUGUUUGUAGCGAAUGUCCGAAAGCAUUUUCUCAUAAGAGUGAUCUCACAAAGCAUAAGCGGAUUCAUACAGGAGAAAAGCCAUUUACCUGUGAUGAGUGUUUGAAAAGAUUUACUCGUAAAAGUGGGCUCACAAAUCACAUGAGGCUUCAUACUGGAGAGAGACCGUUUACUUGCAGUGAGUGUGGGAAAGCAUUUGGUCUGAAAGCAUGCCUGAAAACUCACAUGAUCACUCACACUGGAGAUUACCCCUUCAGCUGCUGUGAAUGUGGGAAGUCUUUCUUCCAGAAAGGUGACCUCCAAAUUCACAUGAGAACUCACACUGGAGAGAGGCCUUUCAGGUGCACCCAGUGUGAAAAGGCCUUUUAUCAGAAAAAGCACCUUAAUAGUCAUAUGAUCAUUCACAGUGGAGUUAAACCAUUCAGCUGCAGUGUGUGUCAUAGGUCAUUCUCCCAGAAAAUUUUUCUCACGCAUCACAUGCGGACACAUACUGGCGAGAAGCCGUACAUGUGCGAUGUGUGUGGGGUAAAAUUCUCUUUUAAACCUUCUCUUACCGGUCAUUUGAAGUCGCACGGGAGAUAGUCCGUUUAGAUGUGCUAAAUGUGAGAAAGGUUGCUUUCAGAAAAAUUGUGCCAUAGGUAACAUUGGAGAAAAACCAUAUCGGUACACUUAAGGUGGGAAUACCCUCCCUCAGGAGUGUUAUCUGGUAAUUCAUAUGAAAUAUAAAUAUUCUUGCUAAGGAGAAGCCAUAUUGAACAUAGGGAGACAUUUCCAGGAAAACUUUUGGAGAGAAGGAUUUCAACUUCCUUUUCUCUUGUAUACUUUUGUCUCAAAAGUAGUACGUAUAACAAUUCACGCAGAUUAAAAGAGAUUCAUAUGUGGCAACAUAUAUGAGACUUAGAAGCAACUGAGAAAAGUACUAUUUAAUAGAGUAAUACAAAUUGAAGCUAAUAGUAGAAGCAUUCUCUAAAAUAGUUGGUCAGAAAAUAAGUUAUAAAUGCAUUAGGGUGUUAAUUAGGCAUAUUCACCAAGCUUAAAUGAAACUCUAAUAAAUCAAGCUUUUUACACAUGUAACUUACCAAGUAAUUACCUGUAGCUGAAAGCUCACUACUGCGGCAGUCAAAUCUUACAAAUUUCGUGAUGGAGCCACCAUCAUUAGUGUAGGUGUUAGGACCCGCCCACUUUCAGGACCGAUAGGUACAAAAGUGCAGAAAGAACCAAUUCGUUUUCUGCCCGCUUCUGACUAACAUCGUUGGUUUUGGUGGUCAAUUUUUCGUCAUCGUUGGUCUUAUUGGUGACGUACUUGCAUAUUUUGUGAUUUGUUAUUAGCUAUCAUCAUUAUGUCAAAUUCUAGCUCCUCGAGCAUUAGGUAUUGCUCUCAAGGAUGUAGAAUUAGAUUAAUGAAAUUGUCUUGUGAUUCGCAUACUAAGUGUAGCAAAUGUAGGGGCCAGAUUUUUUCAAAGGACCUAUCGUGUCCAGAGUGUACAGAUUGGGAUGAAACUAAAUGGAAAACCUUAAAUUCUCAUUUAGAUAAGUUAGCAAGGGAAAGGAAAAGGAAGGUGGCUCUUAGAGCCGAAAGUAAGGCUAUCUUAGAGAGUUCUCCUUCAUUAGGAGAGGAAUUUCCUUCUCCUGCUCAACUUCCUGCAGCAUCCCCGAUAAUUAGCCCUCCUACUCCUUUACCAGUGUAUCCUUCUCCAGGCUCCUGUGUUUCCAAACCCGACACCAUUCCAGCCACGAUAGUAGGUUUGAGAAAAAAUUUGAUUUUCUUGCUAAGGCUAUAGUAGAUCUUGGCUCGUCUUUCAGGUCUUUUGUGGAGAGAGAGCCUCUCAAAAGUGCGGUUAUUAGUGAUAGUGUUGUGUUAUCUGAGGAGGUGAGCUGUUUGGCCCACUGGUUCUCCUAGAUGAAGGUCACUGUCAUGCUCCCCCGCACCGGGAAGAAGACAUACUGGGAGUCCAAGGGAGGCUGGAGGGGUUUGCCCCUGACAGUUGCCUCCUCCGUCGCACCUGUUGGAAGUUCACAGGGAGCGACAGAAAUCUGAGUAAUUCUCUUCUUGGAGAAUUACUCAGAUUUCUUCUCUCCAGGGAAGACAGUGGCUCUGGCCUCCACUUUUCACUUGAGGAAAGCACCAGUAGAAGAACUUCCUCAGAUGGUUUUGUCCUCCGCUUCUAAGAUAGCGUUACAAGAGGUGGAAGAUUGGUUGGCUAUUAAGAGGGAUCUUGGCAAGGCUACGUUCACGUUUCCUCCGUCGAAGCUCAUUAAGAAACGCUACGGGUAUUAUGUAACAGGUGAGACUCCUUCCCUUGGAGUAUCUGCUUCCUCCCAGGGAGAUUUCUCAGCCUUAGUAGACUCGGCCAGACGUUCGGCGUUCAGAGCGGCCAAAGUAUUUUUCACUUCACCAGAGAUAGAACAUCUCGUGAAGAACAUUUUCAAGAUUUUGGAGGUGUUUAGUUUCUUAGACUGGACGGUGGGCGCUUUGGCAAUGAAGAUAGAAAGCUGUUCUUCGUUGCAAGAAGACCUGUCAGCCGAUUGGUUGGGCCUUCUGAAAAAGAGGGAGCUUUGUUGCUCUUUUACCUCUAAGGGAGUUAUGUCCACGCAGAAGUCUGCACAGUUAUUCUCUCCUUUGGACAAAAUGUAUCUUUUUCUGUAGUCAACGGUAAAAGACAUUCUGAUGGAUCUUCAGACUUAGUCCACAACAAAUUUGUUGACUCAGUCAGCAAAGAAACAGAGGGAGCCAGUUUCCUCGGCUUACAAGUCAGUCUCUCUUCUUCAGCCUCGCCCCUUUCGUGGAGGUAGAUCCAGUCAUUGAUCUAGGCUUAGAUCAAACUGUGGCCAGGCUACAGAUUAGUUAGGAAGACCAAUAUUAAAACUUCCAACAAGCAAUGAGUGGUGCAUCUCCCGUGUUCCCUUAGGAGCAAGGAUCCGUUAUUUCAGGAGGGAAUGGCGCAACAGAGGUGCGAAUCCUUGGGUGGUUUAGGUGUUAAGGGAAGGCUAUUUCAUUCCUCUCCUACAAAAGCUGCAGUUAUCCAGUUUUCCGAUAAUGUUAACAGCAUACUUGGCAGGAUCUGAGAGGUGUUUAGCCCUCUCUCAAAAGGUUCAGUUUCUUAUGCACAAAAGAGCAGUAGAAUUAGCAGUAGAUCACAGCUCAGAGGGUUUCUACAACCGACUUUUUGUUGUCCCCAAAUCAUCAGGGGGCUGGAGGCCUGUCCUAGACAGCAGCACUCUGAAUCAAUAUAUUGUAAAAAAGUUUCGAAUGGAGACAAAUGUUUCUAUCCCAGCUUCUUUUCAUCCAGAGGAUUGGAUGGUGACUCUGGAUGUUUAAAAUGCAUACUUCCAUAUCCCCAUACACCCAGAAUCAAAGAAACUUCUCUGCUUUGUGUUCGAAGACAAGGUAUAUCAAUUCAGAGCCCUAUGUUUCGAUCUGACGACUGCUCCCCAAGUUUUCACAAGGGUCUUGACCCCUCUAGCGAAGUGGCUACAUUUGAUGGGGAUAAACACCUCUUUUUACCUAGACAACUGGCUCCUACACUCUCCCUCAAAGGAACAGUGUACGGGGGACUUGAAGAAACUUUUUGCUUUGACUCGGGACUGGGAAUACAGUGGAACCUUUACAUACGAAAGUCCCUACGUAUGAAAAAUCCAGGUUACGAAAGCAGAGACAAAGAUUUUUUUGCUUCUGUGUAUGAAAAUAAUUCAGUUUGCGAAAGGUAAAGUCCGAGAUUUGCCUGAGCCGCCGAGAUCAAUUUUAAAACUCACGCGCUGCCAACGCAGUAGACUCGCCACUAUCCUCCCACUCCCAUUGGUUCCUGAUGGUAGUCACCGCCGUAAGAUCCUGCUCUCCUAUUGGUCAGCAUCUGUCCCAUCAUGCCUCUAUGUAAAGGCGUUCCUUGACCAUUUUUUGUGGCAGCGUUAUCGUAAACACCUGGAAUUCGUUCGUUCACAUAUAUUUUGUUUGUUAACGUAAAUUCGUGUUAGUGAUUUCGCUUUUGUUGUGCUGUAAGUUACUUUAUCGUGUUGUGUGUGAAAGAAGAUUAUGCUUUCUACGGAGAUGAAGAUGAAUAUAAUCAAGAAGUGUUAAUGUUUUCUGCCAUUUGUUAAUGUGUUUCGUAAAGUUUAGUGGUAAUGUUUUCUGCCAUUUUUUAAUGUGUUUUGUAAAGUUAAGUGUUCAUGUUUUCUGCCAUUUGUCCUCCUCUGUUACCACUUUUGGACAUUGCCUCACUCAAAAGGUAAGGUUCCACAUUUUACUACAUAUGUACGUACAGUAUUUCUUGUACCCUGUACACACAGUUAGGUUAGGUAUUGAAUGGUCCAAAUUGUUGUAUUUCAUUGUUUAUUGGUCAAUUUAGCUUUAUUAUAAAUUUUACUGUGGUGUUUUUGUAGGGCUUGGAACGAAUUAGGCAAUUGACAUGUACGUAAAACGUAGUUCUAGAUACGAAAAAAUCAGGUUAUGAAGGCCGCUUCAGAAUGGAUUAAUUUUGUAUCCUGAGGCACUACUGUACUAAUAAAUGCCCAAAAAUCCCAGAUGGUUCCUUCUCAGAGAAUUCAAUAUUUGGGCAUGAUUCUGGACUCUUGGACUUUUUGUGCUUUUCUAUCGCUGAAAAGAGUAGAAUCUUGCCUAAACACGGUACAAGAAUUCAUGAGUCGGAGGUACUGCUCAGCCCUUCAGUGGAUGAGCCUUCUAGAAACUUUCGUCGAUGGAACCGUUUGUCAAAUUGGGCAGGCUACACAUGCGCCUUCUGCAAUUUUAUUUGAAGUUUCUCUGGUCCAGAAAGACGCAGGAAAACUCGUUCAUUUUCCCGAUCUCCAAGGAGAUAAAGUUGGAUCUCCGAUGGUGGUUGUCCAAGGACAGGUUGCUAGAAGGAAAGUCGCUCCGACCGAAGAACCCAGACCUGAAAUUGUUGUACUCCGACGCAUCAGACCUAGGAUGGGGAGCCAUCCUGGAGUCGCAAGAGACAUUGGGUAUCUGGUCGGUGGAACAAUGAACCCUACACAUCAACGUGAAGGGACUGUUGUCUUCCUCGGUCUGCAACACUUUGCUCGACAGGUUUCGGGAAAGAUAGUAGCGGUAUUUGUGGACAACAUGACAGCACUGUUGUACAUCUGCAAACAAGGAGGCACGCUCUCUUUCUCUCUUUAUCAGACAGCGAAAGAACUCCUGAUGUGGGCGGAACAGUGAAGAGUAACGAUUCUUACUUGCUUUGUUCAAGGCAGAAUGAACGUUAUGGCAGACGAACUAAGCAGACGGAACCAAGUGCUCUCAGCAGUAUGGACACUAGAGCUCCAGUUGUGCAAAGAUUUGUGGAGCCUUUGGGGACAACCUACUAUAGGUCUCUUUGUGACAGCAAAGAAUCAUUGUCUGCUAAUUUUCUGUCCGCCAGUGCCGGAGCCCCGUGUGUGGGCGACAGACGCCAUGCUGCAAGAUUGGACGGGGUUGGACCUAUACGCGUUCCCACCGUUCGCAAUGAUUCGAGAGGUGAUUAACAAGUUUACGAGUCAUCAAAAUGUCUCCAUGACUCUCGUAGCUCCAUUCUGGCUGAGGAAGGAGUAGUAUCUAGACCUCCUUCAUCUAAUUAUAGACUUUCCAAGACUUCUCCCUCAGAAGAAGUCACUACUUAAACAGCCUCACUUGUACAGGUUCCAUCAGGGAUUGUUCACGCUGUCUCUGACAGGAUUUUGACUGUCAAGUGACUGGUUAGAGCAAAAGGCUUUUCAAGACAAGCUGCAGAAGCCAUUGCUAGAUAUCGCAGAUCUUCUACUUCCAAGCUCUACUAGUCGAAGUGGCCAGUUUUUAGAAACUGGUGUAGAAGACAACGUCUCUUCUUCUCAAACCACUAUCGCACAGAUAGCAGAUUUUCUUUUAUUCUUGAGGUCAUCUAGGAAGUUAGCAUCCAGUACUAUUAAAGGGUACAGAGCUAUGCUAAACUCUGUGUUCAAACAUAGAGGCAUAGAUGAGUGACACAACAAUGACAUUAGCGAUCAUAUUAGAUCCAUGGACACUUCCAAGACAGUUAAGUCGGGAGCAAUUUCUUGGAAUUUGGUGGUAGUUCUAAAGUGGCUGUUGGGGGACUCUUUUGAACCCCUCUGCUCGGUGUGUCUAAGGAACCUCACAAAAAAGACCCUUUUUCUGACAGCUCUGGUGACAGCCAGAAGGGUCAGCGAAUUACAAGCUAUAGACAAGAGAGUUUAAGGCGACGCAGUCUGCUCUCUAUCCUUGGGUUUUCUGGCAAAGAACGAGGAUGUGAACAAACUUUGGCCACGUUCUUUUAAGAUUAAGAAUCUUAUGGAUAUCAUAGGACCAAAGGAAGAGGAGUGUCUUCUUUGUCUAGUAAGAGCAUUACACUAUUAUUUGAAUAGAACAGACAAGAUUAGAGGACCUGCAAGUAAUCUAUGGUGUUCGGUAAAGUCUCCGUCUCGCCUGAUGUCUAAGAACGCCAUUUCCUUUUUCCUAAGGAACUUGAUAAUGGAGGCGCACACUCAAAUCCAGGAAGAAGUGUUACCCUCCAUUAAAGCUAAGACUCAUGAAGUAAGAGCUGUGGCGACGUCUCUAGCUUUUAGGCAUAAUAUGUCCUUAGAAGCCAUCAUGAACUCUACGUUUUGAAAAUGUAGGUAAGUUUUUUCUAUGCAUUAUCUGAAAGACAUAGAAACGGUGUAAUGAGAAUUGCUCCACGUUGGGUCCGUUGUCGGUGGCUGGCAUGGUGUUGGGGGAGGAAGCCUAAGGAGCUAGCGGUUCCUUGAUUAUCCUCUGUUGUCUUGAUUAUUGGUGUUGAGUUUUGGGAAGCUUGGGGGGGUACUUGUUUCCCGGAGUACUUGCCAGUCUUAUGGUAGGGUAUCACUGGUUGUUUUUUAUGGUGUAGGUGUUUGUUGUGUUUUUUUCUGGUCUAAAUCCAGGGCAAGGGUAUCAAUAAAUAACUUCCUCCAGUCAUCGGUGAAACUCCAUGACUGAGAAGUUAUUUCCCACCAAAGUAGGGGCGAUUAUUGGCCAAACUGACACGCCUCCUACAGGUCAAGAGAGUGACGACCAGAGGCAGUAUUCAUCUGCAACAAUCUCUUACCAGGUUAGGUACAAUAAGUAUUUGAUAAAUACUUGCAGUAUUUCUAUAUUGAGUCAUUAAUAUACAUAUAAUGUCUUCGAUGUAGAGCAUGUCCAUGAUUCCCACCACCAUAAGAGUGGAAUCAGCCACAGGUAAUUACUUGGUAAUUUACAUGUGUAAAAAUGACAUUUUUUUAAUAAAAUUUGAUUUUACACAUACUAACCAAGUCAUUACCUGAUUAAAGCCCUACCCUCCAUCCCUAAGAUGGACAUGGCAGACCAAACGAAUUGGUUCUCUCUGCACUUUUGUACCUAUCGGUCCCGAAAGUGGGCGGGUCCUAACACCUACACUAGCGAUGGUGGGUCCAUCACGAAAUUUGUAAGAUUUGACUGCCUUGGUAGU